AUGACUGAUAAUAAUAAACUUGAUACAUGGAUGACAGAAAAAAUUGAUGGACAGAAAAAAUUGAAACAAAUUCUCAACAGUUAUCACGGUAAUCAAAAAUCAAAUGGUCGUCGUGGUUAUUGUUUCGAUACAUCCGUUCUAUCCAAUCAUCGAAAAUAUUUAAAACAUAAAAUUCGUUCACUGGAAUCCGUGAAUCAAUCAUCAACAUUAUAUUAUGAAUUACCGGUGAAUGGUGGAUUCUCUUUGUUUACAUUAGGAGAGAAGAAUAAGGCCGUUGAAUCAAAGAAAAAGUCAAAGCCAAAACCAAAAUCAAAACAACAAACAAACCACAACAGUCAUCAAUCACCAACGUCAUUACAAUAUUCAUUGAUUCCUCCAGAAUCAAGUGAAUAUCUGCAAUCAAACUAUAAUCGAUCAGUUCAUAAAAAAUCUAUUGGCCCGAAUGAUAAUUCGAAUCAAAAAUAUCCUGAAGUUUUCAGCAACAAUUUCCAACAACAAUCAAAUUGGCCUUCAUUCGAUUCAUAUUAUCAAGGCUCAGCAAACAAUAAUCCGAACAAGUUUGAACGAAUCAAUAUCAAUAAUCACGAUUAUCCAUAUUUUUAGCCGUGUGAAUUCAUUUCAUUUGAUCAUAUGACUUUGGUGUAUGAAAUUAAUCAAUCAUUAUUGUUGUUUUUUGUUUUUUUUUUUUCGUUCAUCAGCUACCAAUAAUUAACAAGUGAUGCACCAUAUUAUAUUCACGUCGAUAAUCACCAAAAGGAAAAAAUAUCAAAAAUUUCAACAUUUCGAAUGGAAUUUUUUCAUUUCAAAUCAUUCUACGAUACCCAUAAUUACCCGAACAUGUUCAUUAGA